AUGGGGAAGAUCAUCUUCUAUGAGGACAAGAACUUCCAGGGCCGCUCCUAUGAGUGCAGCUCUGAUUGCACUGACCUGCUCUCAUAUUUCAGUCGCUGCAACUCCAUCCGGGUGGAAAGUGGACCAUGGAUGAUCUAUGAGCAUUCUAAUUAUAGAGGCUACCAGUACUUCUUGAAAAGAGGUGAAUAUCCUGACUGUCAGCACUGGAUGGGAUUUAAUGACUCCAUUCGUUCAUGCAGAAUCAUCCCUCAGGGCACAGUGUCCCACCAAGUAAAAGUCUAUGAGAGAGAAGAUUUCAAGGGCCAACUUAUGGAAUUUUCAGAUGACUGCACCAGUGUUCAUGACCAAUUCCGCUACCAUGACAUCCAUUCUUGUAAUGUUCAUGAUGGGCACUGGAUAUUCUUUGAAGAGCCAAACUACAAAGGACGUCAGUACUACCUGAAACCUGGAGAGUACAGAAGAUACAGUGACUGGGGUGCUAUAAACAGUAGAGUUGGCUCCUUGAGACGUGCAAUGGACAAUUAUUAA